AUGACAGGAGGCAAAGAAAUAUUUGCAUUGAGUUCCAUGGCCAAAAGCAGCAUUCUCCCUUUCAUUCUCCUUCUCCUCCUUGUUGGGUUUGGAGAAAAUGCGAGUGCAGAUAAUACUUCUGUUAAUGCGUGUGCUGGUUGGAGAACCAGCGUGGAGAGUGGCAAUGCCAGGGAUUGGGAUGUAGUGCCCGCAAGCUGCGUCUCCGACGUGGGGAAUUACAUGGAAAACGGCCAAUACUUGCUCGAUUUCAAAAUAGCCGUUCAACAAUGCCUGGCUUAUCUUAACGAUUCGAAGUUGGUAGGCGAUGGCAAGGAUGCUUGGGUUUUUGACACCGAUGACACCACAUUAUCCUGUCUGUCCUACUACAGAACUCAACAAUAUGGGGGAGCGGUUUUCAAUUCUACGUCGUUCAACGAAUGGGUAGAGAAAGGAACGGCCACUGUGUUGCCCUCCUCAUUACAGCUCUACAACGCUUUGUUGAAGAAAGGCGUCGAAAUCUUCAUCCUCACCGGAAGAGACGAAGAAUAUCGUGAGCUCACAACGAAGAACCUUAUGGCGGCCGGUUACAGCAACUGGGCGGGCUUAAUCAUGAGGGGUGACAGUGAUCAGGGAACGACAGCACUGGUGUACAAAUCGGAGAAGAGAGGGGAGCUUGUGAAGAAAGGGUAUCGGAUCUGGGGAAAUUGUGGGGACCAGUGGAGUGACAUAACUGGAAAUCAUACGGGCUAUCGCACUUUUAAGAUGCCCAAUCCAAUGUAUUAUAUCAGCUAGAACUGAACCUACAAAUCUCUUGGUUGAAUUCAAUUGCAGAGAGAUUUCAGACUGCUGGAAUAUUUAGUAAUUCCUUCUAUUAGUAUAAUUUUAGUUUUAUUUAGCAUGAUUAUGCAAUAAAAAUUCUCCAAGUUUCAUGUAUCUAGAAGUUUUUGAAUGUAUCUAAGACCUCGCUAUAAAUGAGACUAUUGUAAUUCAUGUUUCAUCAGUUAAUCUGAUCCUUCAUCAUAUGAUCAAAAGGGCUUUGAAUA